AUGGGUGUUUCUGGUGGACCAGUCAACAAGGCUGUUGGUCAAGAAUUAGCCUCAGCCCUGCCACAAGAUAACAAGGCUUGGUACUCACGAAGUCACCUGUUGAAGCUCAACUUCAUUGUAUUGUCGCUCAUCCAAUUCUCGUCUGGCAAUGGUUAUGAUGGGUCGGUCAUGAAUGGUCUACAAGCGCUCCCCGGGUGGAAUGAGUUUAUGGGCGGGCCUACAGGAGCUUGGUUGGGCUUCGUGAAUGCCAUCUACUGGAUUGGUGUGGGUGUUGUGUCACCGCUGGCCGCGAUGCUGGCCAACAAAUAUGGUCGCAAGCUCGGUGUCUGGGUUGGAUAUGGUUUUCUUAUUGCAGGCGCAAUCCUGCAAACUGCUGCCAACAAUGCGGCCGCUUUUAUCAUUGCUCGAUUCCUCCUUGGAUGCGCAUCCGGAUUCUUCAGCAAUGCUGUACCACUGCUUAUCAACGAGAUUGCCUAUCCAACUCAUCGAGGCAUAGUCAGUGCCACUUUCAACUGCGGAUGGUACAUUGGGUCCAUUCUAGCUGCUUGCAUCACAUACGGCACACGAAACUACGUAUCAUCGUGGAGCUGGAGACUGCCAUCACUCCUGCAGAUUGUCCUUCCCCUCCUUGCUGUUCCAGGCCUCUUGAUGUGCCCUGAGUCACCACGAUGGCUCACUGCGUCUGGUCGCAACGAGCAAGCACGUCGUGUGCUCACAACAUUUCACGCUGGUGGCGACUCGGAUGCUCCUUUGGUCAACUUUGAGAUGAUCGAAAUUGAGACCACAAUCGCUUCCGAGCAAGCUGCUAAGAACUCUGCCAGCUAUCUAGAUAUGGUCAAGACGAAGGGAAACAGGUGGAGACUCGCCAUUACAGUCUCACUUGCGAUCUUCAGCCAGUGGUCUGGAAAUGGUGUGGUAUCCUAUUACCUUGCCCUUGUGUUGACCACGGUCGGAAUCACAGAUGUGUCAGAUCAGCUCCUGAUCAAUGUCGGUCUGCAACUGUGGAAUUUGAUCUUCUCCGUUACAGCUGCAUUUCUGGUCGACAAACUUGGCCGAAGACUUCUUUUCCUUGCCUCGGCCGGCACAAUGUUGACCAGCUAUAUCAUCGUCACUGGUCUUUCAGGCUCGUUUGCUCAGACCGUGAAUGCGGCGACUGGAACUGCCGUUGUCCCGUUUCUGUUCUUCUUCUUUGCUGGCUACGACAUUGCCUUGACUCCACUGCUGGUCGCAUAUCCUUGCGAGAUCUGGCCCUACGCUCUUCGCUCUCGUGGUCUUACAGUCACCUGGGUAACAGCAGUCGUCGCUAUUGCCUUCAACACGUUCGUCAACCCUAUCGCACUUGAGGCCAUUGCAUGGAAGUACUACAUUGUUUUUGUGGUUGUCCUGGUCGUCAUGUGCUUGACGGCUUACUUCUACUAUCCGGAAACUCGGGGACACAGCCUUGAGCAGAUGGCGUGGAUCUUUGAUGGGGAAGAUGCUGCGGCACCUGCACCUGCUGAGACGAAGGAGCGGGUGCUCAGCCUGUCGUACGAGGCAGGAUCGAUUGUUGAUGAGAAGACAGGCACGAGGACUAGUAUUUCUCACAACGAGAAGGUAUGA